AUGACAAAGUUCAUAGUGAUUUAUAUUCUCUUACUUGUUGGCUUAUGUGUCAAUGGUGACGAUUCCAACUUUAAUGGAGAUGAUCAUCUAGCCAGUUUGUUUCGUCGACGCGCUGCUCGUUCUGCCUGUCCCGAUCGAAAUCAUUGUCGUUCGAAAUGGGGCUACUGUGGAACGGGAUCAGAUUACUGUGGUGCUGGCUGCCAAGGUGGUCCUUGUCAAGACGGUUCGAGUGGUAAUAGUGGAUCUGUCUGUCCCGAUCGAAAUCAUUGUCGUUCGAAAUGGGGCUAUUGUGGAACAGGACCCGAUUAUUGUGGGACAGGAUGCCAGGGGGGCCCAUGCUCAGGAGGUGACAACAAUGGCAAUGGUAAUCAAGGUGGUUCAUCAGGUCAGAUAAAUGCACAGAACUUUGCGUGUGUAUUCAAAGACCUCAAUGCGGGAACCCGCAAUCAACGCUUUCAUGGUCUACAAGCAACGGGAUGGAAACCAGCUAAUGCUGAAGAAGCUGCUGUAUUUCUUGCACAUGUUUAUCAUGAGACAGAUGGCCUAAGAACAAUGAGAGAAUAUUGUGCACCAGGGUGUGGACAUGCUUAUCAAGGUGGGCCGUCAAGUUGGUGUAAAACAACAGGUCCGCCCGGAAAACUUUAUUAUGGUCGUGGUUGGUUUCAAUUAUCAUGGCCAUGCAACUAUGAUGCAGCUGGUAAAGCGCUUGGUGUUGAUCUUUUGAGUAAUCCAGACUUGGUGGAAACCAAUGAUAAAUUAGCCGUGAGUACAGCUCUCUGGUUUUACAGAACACAAGGAAUGUCUGAACCAGCUCGACGCGGUGAUUUUGCUGCUACAACGCGUAUUAUCAAUGGACAUCUGGAAUGUAAUGGUGGAUCUGGUUAUAGUCAUCAACUGAGUCGAGUAGAAACAUAUAAACGUGUUCGUCAAUGUUUUAAUCUCGGACCACCUAAAAUCAAUCCAAUUUGCUAG